AUGGGGUUGGGGUCUGCGGUUCUGUCGGCGUCUAGAACCUCUCUCCUGCUACUGCGCCUGGUCCUCCCCCGCUUCCGCGAGAGAUUGGCCUCGGUAGUUGGUCCGGAUUCACCCUCGCCGCUUGGCCUGCACUUUGCUGCCCUCCGCGCGCUCCUCGACCCCCGCCUCUUCCCCACGUGCUUCCUCGUCCGCUCCUCGGAGUGGCUGCCACAGGUGCCGCCUGUUGCGCCUGGGAGAUCGGCGUCGUUGGCUCCUCUUGUGGCAGUGGAGCGCCCAGAGCACUCACCGAUGGAUUUCCUCGGCGCUCUGGGCCGCGACUGCACCGCGGAGAGCGAUCCCGCUCCCCGUCCGCUUCCUCCUGCAUGCCCUGCCGCGAGCGUACCUGUUGCUCCACCGGCGUCUGCUGAUCAGAUCCGCCGCCGCUUCGAGGACCAGCAGCGCGAGCUGGCUUGGCGCGCGGGCAGGUCCUUGAGCGUUCGCCUCGCCGUCGCUCAUCGGCAGCUCGCGACGAUAAGCCGGAGAGCCGCCGCGAUGAUCGUCACGGUGCGGCCCGUUCGCCGCUGUCUCCUCGUUCGCCUCGUCGCGUGGCGUCGCGAAGCCGAUCCCGUGACCGCCGUUCGCAUCGUCAUCGUUCGCCCCCUAACCGUUCAUCUCGCCAGCGGUCGCCUGCUUGCCAGACGACUGGGCAUCGGCCCCCAGCUCCACGUUCGCCCCCUCUUGCAAAGCACCAACGGCUCUACUCCCCUCAUCGCGGGGACCGUUUUCCUGGCCGCCAGCGUUAGCAGGGCCCAUCUCGCCCGUAGUCGCCUGUGCGCUCAAGCGCAAGUGGGCGUGCGCGUCGUGGGCGACGGGGAGGUGACAGUCGCGGCGGAAAAGCGGGUCCAGCGCUGUCCGCAAUGGAGCGACGUCUUCUGGAUAGGCUUGAUGACGUGGAGAAGGAGCUUCGUCGCUCGCGUGCGGGGUCGGCGUCACCAUCAGCUCCUCACGCUGCUCCCGUCGUCCCUCUCUCCGCGCUCCUGCCCCACAAUCCCUUUGGAUCCCCGACGUGUUCAAAGCGGCCGCUGCAUGCGGGGAUGGGCUUCGUAG